AUGAAGAGAGAAAAUCAGGAGUUGCGUCAGUAUAUUCUGGCUCUGCAAAGUGAAGUGUAUGGUGCCAGGCUUGCUGCCAAGUACCUUGACAAAGAGCUUGCAGGCAGAAUCCAGCAAAUUCAGUUACUUGGACGAGACAUGAAGGGUGCUGAACACGACAAACUUUGGAACCAACUUGAAGCUGAAAUACAUCUUCAUCGACACAAGACUGUUAUCCGAGCCUGUAGAGGACGUAGCAACAUUAAGAAGAAACUUCCUGUGCCACCAGGACAUGACUUUUUGUCAUUGAAAAAACGCCAUGGUCUUGGAGAUGUGCGGAAGGUACACCUACAGAAGUCAGCUGACGAAGGGUUGGGAAUGUCUAUAACAGGGGGUAAAGAACAUGGUGUCCCCAUCCUUAUCUCUGAGAUCCAUCCUGGUCAGCCUGCUGAAAGAUGUGAGGGGCUAUAUGUUGGAGAUGCUAUCCUGUCUGUUAACGGAGAGGAUCUGAGAAAUGUUAAACAUUCAGAAGCUGUACAGAUUCUCUCGCAACAGCAAGGAGAAAUUGAGUUGGAGGUUGUGUUUGUUGCUCCUGAUGAAGACAGCGAUGAUGAGAACCAUGAAUAUGAAGAUGAAAAUGGAUUCCGAUACAGGAUUUAUGAUGAUGAUGUUGCAAGUGAUGUGAGCAAUGGUCAUGGUGAAAGUCCUCUAGAUAAUGAGAUAAGGGAAAAUGGUCCACUGUUGCCUCAUAAUACUCAUGCUGUAAAAUCUGAGGAAGACACCAGUACUACUGUCCCUACUAUGAACUCUGAUUCUACCAAUGGGGGAACUUUAAGUUCUCCCCAGAUUGUUUCAGACCAACUUGUUGAAAAUAAGAACUAUACACAAAUCCACAGUCCAGGAAAAAACUCCCCAAAUCAGAAUGCAGCGAGUGAAACUGAAAGCACACCAGAGAAAACUAAUGGCAACAGGAAUAGUGAAGAUAGGAUAAACAUUGAGCAAAGUCCGACAAGUGGUCCAAUCCAGAUCCCUUCAUCAGAGCAAGAGGAGAUAAUUCAGCAAGCAAGUUGA